AUGGUGAGGGAGGCGGGGGUAGGGAGGUUAGUAGACGAGGAAGCAGCUGAAGGGACGGUGGUGGUAAAUAACGAGUUUUUCUCCCUCUUUCCAGCCGCUCCUCCACAGCUGUUGUACCGCUUUAUUGAGCAGACUCUGCAGCCUGGGCCAGCAGUGUCCCUCAAGUGUAUAGCAGCAGGGACCCCCACGCCACACAUCACGUGGGCCCUCGAUGGAUUCCCUCUGCCGCACUCACACAGACUAGUGAAGGGUCAGUACGUGUCAGCAGAAGGAGACGUCAUCAGCCAUGUGAACAUUAGCUCCGUGCACGUGGCGGAUGGCGGGGCGUACACGUGCACGGCCGCGAAUAGUGCCGGUGAGGCUUCGCACGUGGCACGCCUCAAUGUGUACGGUCCGCCCCAGGUCCGCCCCAUGGGUCAGCAGACGGCCGUGGCGGGGAGGACCUUCAUCAUAGCGUGUCCGGCGUCGGGACACCCCAUCCACAGCAUCACCUGGAUCAAAGACGGGUCCCCGCUGCCCAGGAAUUAUCGGCAGCGAGUAUUGGCGAACGGGACGCUGGUGGUGCAAGAGGUGACUCGCGGGGCUGAUGACGGCCGCUACUCCUGUACUGCCUCCUCCAGAUCAGGUCGUUCCGAUACUCAGAGUCUGCAGCUGCGUGUCUUGGUGCCUCCCAGCCUGGCGCCACUCACCUUCCCAAAGGGUACACGAGCUGGAAUGCAGAUCCGAGCCACGUGUCUGGUCCAGGAGGGUGACCAGCCAGUGCGCUAUGCCUGGACAAAAGAUGCUCGACCACUAGACGCUCGCUUGGGUGUUCGAACUUCACAACUGGACGCAUUCACCUCCAUCCUGGUGAUAGAACGCGCAGCAGCAGAGCACUCUGGGAAUUAUACCUGCACUGCUUCCAACGCCGCUGCCGCCUCCGCCACCACGGCUCGCCUUACUGUUAAUGUGCCUCCUACCUGGGUGGUGGAGCCUAGCAGCACCAGUGUGGCCCUGGGAGGUAGUCUGGCACUUCACUGCCUGGCACGGGGAUUUCCAGACCCAGUCGUCACAUGGCGCAGACAGGCAGCAUCAGGAGAGUUUGUUGGUGUGGUGGAGGGCACGGGAUCAGGAGAGAGCAGUAUUGUGCAGUGGAAAAAUGGAACCUUGUGGAUUGGGAGAUCUGCACGGGGUCACGAGGGGCGGUACCUGUGUGAGGCAGGCAAUGGUGUUCCACCAGGACUCUCUAAGCUGAUUGACAUCACAGUAAAUGAACCGCCAUGGUUUCGAGCAACUGAACAACGGCAGGAGGUGCGAGUGGGUGGCACUGCAACGCUCACCUGUCACGCUCAUGGAGAUGCUCCCCUCACCCUCACCUGGAGCAAGGAUGCUGUGUCCCUUUCUCCACUCCCUAGGUAUCAGGUAGCUCAACAUGAGGAGCAAGAUCAAGGUGGCACCAUCUCAAAGCUGGUGGUGACUGAUGCUCACCUUGAGGAUUCUGGCACUUUCAGCUGCACUGCAUCAAACACUCAUGGAGUUCGCACAUCACAGCUUCACUUGUUAGUUCAAGAUGUGCCUGGACCCCCAUCAGGUAUUGAGGUGGUGGAGAUGGGACCUCAACACUUGGUGCUGACCUGGACCUCCCCUGAGGACUCCAAUGCUCCCAUAACUGCAUACAUCAUCACUCUUGAGCCUCAGUCACCCAGUGCUGGAGCUGGUGCUGCUCGAGAGGAACGAGUUGGAGGCCAUGAAAGGAGACUGGUUCUCAAAGACCUCACUCCAGCUACCCGGUACAACCUUAGAGUUGCAGCAGAGAACCGUGUAGGCCGAGGGAGAUCAUCUUCACCUGUCUUGGGAAGCACUGAAGAGCAACCACCAUCAGCUCCUCCUCGGGAUGUGAGGGUGAUGGCAGUGUCCUCGUCAGCACUGCGAGUCAGCUGGGAGCCACCACCUCACAAUUCCACACAUGGUACUUGCUUGGUUACCACCUGGGAUAUAAGUUGGCCAGCCCACACUCCCAUUACUCUGUGGUUCUUCGGGCUUUCAACUCCAAAGGCACAGGACCAACUUCACCACCAGCUACUGCUAUCACCCUAG